CCCACGUUCCCAGCCAAGCCACACACGUGCAUCCUGGGGCGGGUGCUGGCGUCUGGCACCACGGAACGAGCAUUCGCCUUUUGUGGGCUGCGCGAACGGGGAUUUUGCAACCUCCCUUCCCAACUCUUUGAACGUGCAAAAUGGACGCCAAGUCUGCUGCUCCCAAAUUCGCCAAGGUUGUCAAGGUUCUCGGCCGCACCGGCUCUCGUGGUGGUGUCACCCAGGUCCGCGUCGAGUUCAUGGACGAGACCUCCCGCUCCAUCAUCCGCAACGUCAAGGGUCCUGUCCGUGAGAACGACAUCCUCACCCUUCUCGAGUCCGAACGCGAAGCCCGCCGCCUCCGAUAAGCGGUGGAUGUCUCUCAUGCGACCAAUCUUGUGUCUGUAACCAAUUGCCACCCGCAAUUCAUCCGUCCACACGGGUCUGACCGUCGUCUGCCCAGGCACGGAAUCCAGCAAUGCCUGGAGAGUGGCCGGGAGGCAUUGGGAGCAGGAGUCCAGGUUGAAGCUCAAAUAUAUUCAUGCAAUAUAUUCGUACCUGCCACACA